AUGAUUAUAAACUUAUUAAAAUUAAUAAAGAAAACCUUACCUAGUACAUCGAAACGGUACAUUCAGGUUCGUCAUUGCCUAAGUUCCGACGAUAAACCUGCAGAUGUCCAAAUAGGUGACCCCUUUUGUCUAACACCUAUAGAAUACGAAAGCCACACUUUAAGGAAGCAUGAUAACUUCAAGAGGCAGCGGCUUUACGAGUUUGGUUUGUACGUCGCUGCGUGCAUGCCAAAAUUCGUUCAGAAAAUUCAAAUGCAACAUACAGACGAACUAGAAAUAUUGACUUCUCCCGAAGGUUUAUUCCCUGUUAUGAGUUUCAUGGCCCACCAUCAACACGCAUGUUUUAAUCAAUGUUCCCACGCAACUGCCAUUGAUGUACCGAGCAGAGAAUAUAGAUUCGAAAUCGCGUAUAAUCUUUUAAGCUUAAGAUUCGGCGAGAGAGCAAGAGUUAAAAGUUAUACAGAUGAAGUAACUCCCUUACAUUCAGCUUACAGCCUUUGGGGAAACUGUAAUUGGCUGGAAAGGGAGAUAUACGACAUGUUUGGAAUAAUAUUUACGAAUCAUCCAGAUUUAAGAAGGAUUCUAACCGACUACGGUUUUGUUGGUCACCCUCUAAGAAAAGAUUUCCCUUUAACUGGCUACGUCGAAGUGAGAUAUGACGAUGAGUUAAAGAAAAUAGUUUAUGAACCCGUAGAAUUUGCUCAAGAAAUGCGCAACUUCCAACUUCAGUCGCCGUGGAAUUAUUUACGAAGUUUUCACGAGAGUUACAAUUGUCCUGUUCCUGAAAAGAAGGAAGCGAAAUAAUUUUACUUCAGUUAUUAUCGUUUUUUUGUAUGAUUUGGAGGAUUUAUUUACUGCCAUAACAAAGACUUUUUAGCGUAUAUAUUAGAGACUAUUGUUGCCCGGAUGUUCUGGAGGAAAAAUA